AGAACCGAAACCCUAAACUUCUGGUCAUGAAGUUAGCGAAAUCCUUCGUUGCGCACUACUCUUAUCGCCGUGGAAAACCAUUUGGGCGGCAUAGUUUUAGCAAUGGAGCUAAAGGAAUGGCGACGAAUCUUACUCCUGAGAAACCAGUUGUACGAAGUGGCUCCCACGCAGCUGGCCUAGCAAUGCUUUUUGGAUUUACUGGCUACAUGAUCUGGCAAAUUGUUGAGAAUAUUCGAAUCACAAAAGCUGCGGAGAAGGCUAUCGAAAAUCACACAGAAGCCCGUCUGAGGAACACCCGUGUUUCUGAAGGAUACGAGGAGGUUUCUUCAGAUUCUUUAAUUUUGGUCACUUUAGCAUUGGUUUGUGCCCAACAUACAUUUUGA